AUGAAAAAUUUCUGUCUUGGUCAUAGGAAUAAGAAACCAGUCAAUUACUCACAGUUUGAGGACUCUGAUGAUGAUGAUGAUUUUGUUUCUGCAACUGGACCUUUAAAUAAGAAAUCCAGAACAACACCAAAGGAGUUAAAACUAGAGAGGCCAAAACCUAAAUUAAAGAAUCUCCAGAAAGAAGACAUCCCAUUACAAGAGAAAACUCCUAAAAAAAGAAUGGCUCUAGAUGACAAGCUCUACCAGAGAGACUUAGAAGUUGCACUAGCAUUGUCAGUGAAGGAAAUUCCAACAGUAACCAUUGAUUUGGAGGACUCUCAAGGCAAUGAAAAACAUGGCAAUAGUGAAACAGAAAAAAUGGAUAAGUCUCCUCAUAUCUCCAAUUGCAGUGUAGCCAGUGAUUAUUUAGAUUUGGACAAGAUUACUGAGGAAGAUGAUUCUCCUGAUGUUCAAGGGAAAAGAAAAGCAGCAUCUAAAGCAGUGGUGCAACAGAGGAAGAUUCUUUUGGAAAGCAGUGAUGGUGACAGUGCUAACGACUCUGAACCAGACUAUGACACUGGUGAAGAUUCUGAGGAUGAUUCUGAUAUUAGUGAUAGUGAAGAUAAUGAUGAAGACUUCACUGUGACAAAAAGUAAAGAAAUUAAAAAGAAAGAAGUGAAGGUCAAAUCCCCAGUUGAAAAGAAAGAGAAGAAACCUAAAUCCAAAUGUAAUACAUUAGUGACUUCAGUAGACUCUGUUCCAGCUGCCAUCAAAUCAAAAUCUCAGCCGUCACCAAAAAAGGUUUCUCAUUCUUCAGAGGCUUUUAGGAAACCGUUGCAAAUAUGCAGUCCUUCAGCUGAAAUCAAGAGACCUAAGUGGGUCCCACCAGCCAAGUCUCACUGAUGGCUUCAAGAAUUCUUUGACUUUCCACUACUUGACAUUACUAAAACUCUAAUCCAGCCCUGUUCAUUUUAUACCCAAACUAUUGGUGACUUGCUUCCUAACUAGUUCUGCCUCCACUUUCCCUUGUCCAAUCAUUAGCUGCUCCUUGAACACAGAGCCUCUCUUCGUCCAGUUUUCUUCUUCUAAUAUGUUUUUCUUAAUUUGUCCCCUGUCCUCUGAGUCGUCCUGCAGCUGCUCAGCUUUACUUUACUUCUUCCCAGCGACAUUUUGUGAUUGGUCCGCAGCAGUAACUCCCCUAGUCAUAACUGGGUAUUAAUAGACAGUUAGGCCUGAGACAUGAUUAUUUAACUUCUCAGGCUUCAUUUCUUUGGAAAUACUAGGCACUGUAUAAUCUUUAAAGUCUUUUCUUGUUUAAAAAAUGUAAGAUUUUAAUGGGGACUUAAAAGUGUUUUGGAGAAGGAACGGAAGUUGUUAUUGAAUUAAUGAUGCCAUGUUAUUUAAAGGAUAAUCCUUAGUGUUUUUCCUAAAACAAUUAGUGAUUCCCCAAAAAAGGAAUUUAAAAGAAGUGAUAAAAUGACUAGGAAUUUAAAGGUAGCAUAAUCCAAAAUAUAAAAAGGAAAUAAAGCAAUGACAUGGAAUGGAUGGAUACAGUGAAUGUCAUAAGGCACACAGUGCUCAUAGAUUCAUUGUGUGAAAGGGUAGGGCAAGUAAUGGCAGGGAACUGGGCCCGGGUCACAGACUUGAGUCAGUAGGGAUCUCAUGCCCUUUGAGGGAAGCAGCUGUUGCUUGACUCCAGCUAAUCGUUUAUGUGCAGGAUUAUUGGCCUGUUAUUUCCAGAUCUGAUUUUUACUUCAAGAGAAGCUAGAAAUCUAGAUUUUUUAAAAUGGGAAAUUUAGUUUUUAAAACUUGACUUUUUUUUACACCAUGUGGAUGAAACACUAUAUCUGAGAGCUAGAUUUUACCCUCAGGUUGCCAGUUAAUUACUGUUUUAUUUAAAUGUGAGAAGACCACCAAGAUCCCAGUAGGAAAAUCAGCCAAGGACAUGAACGUGCUAAUGCUCCUAAGAAAUACAACUAGAAAUAAAUGUGAAAAGAAUUUCAGUCUCAUUGGUAAUUAAGAAAAUGUAAGUUAAAAUAAUAAAAUACCAUUUUAUAUCUGUCAAAAUAGAAAGUAAUAAAGCAGUAUAAUCCAGGACACCCUGGGCUUUGGGGGAGCAGAUAUAAUUAUUUACUGUAAAUUUACAAAUUUAUAAUUCCUUUAUAGGACAGCUUGACAGGCUUAUAAAAAUAAACCUGUCUUUUGGGAAUUUAUUACUUAAGGAGAAUUCAAGAGAAGAGAAACGUAAUUAAGUGGUCAGAUUUGUAUAACUCUAUAAAAAUGGUGACAAAUGGAACAGUCCGAAAGUUUUUCAGAACAACUUGAACUAUGGCACAUACUGAAUGAGCAAUGGGGACUCAGGUGGUUAGCAACAUGGGAGUGUUUAUAAGUCUUCACUUGAAUGAAGUGCACACAGUCAGUCUGUGCACAGUCACGAUCAACUAUGAACUGUUAUGUGGGUAAAUUUUGAAAUUUAAUACUCAGUGGAAAUAAUUGGUAUGUUAGAAUGGUAGUAUAAAUGAAACCAGUAUAAAUAAAUAAAAACAGUAUUUGUCAUGUUUAAAGUGAUAUAGUAUUUGAAAAAAUAGAUUGUUUCAAAGGAGUACUUGUAAAAAUUGCAGGAUUUUAAAAAAUGCAUUAGAUUUUUCUACUGUUUUAGAAAUGAUGAUUGCAUUCAUUUUUUCCCCCAAUUACAACCAAUGUUAUUUGCUCCCAGUUUAUCUGUUUCAGCCUUUACGCUUAAAAUUUUGGUAUCAUGACCUUGCCUUCUAGGGAUAUUUGAAAAUAGGUGAUACUAUAGUUUUUCUGCUCUUUAGUACUUUCCAUUACUUUGAUCUUAUGUAUAACUUGAUAGAAGCUGUAUAGCAGAAUAAUGCUUAACUGCAUUUAUUGCUUCAUUUAUUUUAUAAAUUCAUUUUUGUUAAGAGAUUUCUAACAUCAUCAGCAUUGGUGAUAUGUUUUC